CUCUGCUGCCUGGACGACCCAUGAUCGCCAAGUGUGCCUACAUCUCCUUCUGCGCCUGCUUCGGAACGCUUGCGCGGCUCUACACGGACGACAUCGGCCCGGCCUCCAACGUCGCCCUCCAGGGCUCCUUCCUUGCGAACUCGAUCGGCAGUUUCGCUCUCGGCGCCCUGGCUUCCUCCCCCGACAGAGAAACCAUCCCCGACGCCAUGUAUGCAGGCCUGACCGUGGGCUUUUGUGGGAGCUAUACAACAUACUCCGGCUGGAAUCUGAGGAUCGCGCGAGCAGCAUUGGGACAAGUGCCGGGUGCACCCUCGGGCGCUAUCGUCACCAUCGUUGCCAUGGCAACCUCUCUAGCGUUCUUCGCGGCGUGCUUCUCGGCUGGUUGUGACGUGAUGAAGCAGGUCGCGAGCCACGGCCGGAGGCUGAACAUCCGAGGCAUGCUGGGCGGAGGUGCUCUUGCCGGGGGUGACAGCGAUGCGAUGCGCAACACGCUCGGGAUGCUCGGCGCCGCGUAUGUUCUCUUAGUCGUACUACUGGGGGUGGAUGGCAACUGGUCGAGGCGGAUCGACUGGCUGGCGUGUAUUUUCGCUCCCUUCGGCGCGCUCUCCAGGUUUUUCCUGUCCAGGCAGCUAAACAGCCGAUUACGAGGCGGAGCGUUCCCCUUGGGUACCUUCGCCGCCAAUGUGUUGGGCUCCUUGGUGAUGGCUCUCUCGUUCUACGGCACGAAGAAUUCCUCAUCGCUCACAAGCGGUUGGAGCAAUGUCGCCAUCAAGGCGUUCCAGGCGGGAUUCCUUGGCAGCCUUACCACCAUGUCUACCUUUAUGUCGGAGGUCGUUGGCCACCGCGACCGGCACACCCCAUCGGCGAGCUACAUAUACCUAGCGGCCACGGCGAUCGCCGCACAGGCGCCGGUUCUCAUCGUCGGAGCAACGCUCGAAUAGGAAACUGGAAGUGCGCUUAUCUGGCCCGUCGCUCGGGCAAGGGAAAGGGGUGAGAACAUGCCCCCAUCCCGCCUGACGGGAAUUUUCGUCACUGCGAGAGGUUGGGCAUCGUCUUCUAGAGGCGUCUUUUCCUUCGUGGGCAACGGCGCAAUGGAAAUUCGGAGAACUGGUUGUGGCGGGACGAUUGACUGCGGGAGGCACCAACCAGGAGAAGAGUGUCCAUCGUUUGACCUUCCUCACCCCCCACCUCAAGGGGCAUGCGGCGCCACUAUGGAGUGCUUAUUCGACAAGACAUGUCGUUGGAGAACCCUUCAGAUGUGGGGAGCUCGAAAGCUUGCCAUCUUCUCGCUUGAGGUGCGCCCGGACAACACCCCUCUAAAAAUGGUUGUUGCAUUUCAUCCAGUCGCCCUACAGUGUACGGGAGGUGGCCAAAUUCUCCCUAAACAACGUCGGCAAGAGUCGAAGGAACUGUGGGCUUGGAGCUUCCUUCGCUCAAAGCUCCGACACGGAACAGCCUCAUGUCGAGGUUUCGCGCCCUGAGGGGGGCGUAGUCGAACGGCGUUCGGCUUAUGAAUUCGGCAAUGUGCAAUAUUGGACCCCUGUGAAAGUGUUUCGUGAUACACGUAGUUUUCUCCUUCAAUGUUUGGGGUCCGUGGAAGUUUGCGGGGUGCAUCAGCCGGACUUGUUGUUUUAACCUGGCACGGCAGGGUUCCUUAGGUUUUUGUUAGCUCCUCUGUAUAUAGGGAUAGAGCAGUGUUCGACCAGCCGUAUGUCAUAAUUCAGGGGCAUCAAUAAUAGCAUCUAGCAGCGGUGAAAGUGUGAAAUGUAAUACGAAGUUCGAAGUGUUAUUUACGGGUUGUUGUGGAUAUCCACGUCGCUCACUGCAGUAUGUGAUAGGGGCGGCAGCCAUAUUGAAAGGUUAUGGUAACAUCAUGCAGUAGUUGUAGUUCGAAGGAAAAUCUGC